AUGCGAGCAGCCGGGUUGCUGCUGGCCUGGGCGCUGCUGCAUCCUGCCGGCACCCAGCAGUGCCACCUGCCCGGCCCCGGGGGGAUCCUGCGCUUCACCGACACGCACGCCGAGAUCCGGGUGCCCGCGCUGCACCGCGUGCCCAGCGCCCUCGACCCCCUCUACGGCCUCGUCCGGCGCUGCCUGGACCUCAUCCAGCAGAACCCUCUGCCCACGGAGCUGCUCAGGGCAGCCCUGAACGACCCCAGCUCAGUGCGGACAUCACAGGUGGUGCAGUACGAGCUGGGCUAUGUUGUCUGUGCCGCCGUGGCCCUGCUCUUCACCGUGGCCGUGCCGGUGGCCGGGAUGUGCUGCUGCUACUGCCGGAGCCGCCGGCGCUGCGGGGGCCGCCUGCGCGUCCACCAGCGCUCGCUGGGCUGUCGCCGCCGCUGCCUGCUGGCCUGCCUGUCCCUCACCUCCCUCGUCAUCCUGACCAGUGUCACCUGCGCCUUGGUCACCAGCCAGAGGGUGAAGGGGCAGAUGGAGCUGGGGCUGGGGGUUGUGCCGGCCACCCUGCACACCCUGGGGCAGCACAUCGCCAACGUCCCCCAGGGCGUGCAGAUGGUGGUAGACCAGUUUGAGGUGCCUCGACAGCAGAUCAUCUCCGACCUGGGGGGGCUCAGCCGGGGCGUGGGGCUCUCCAUCCACACACAGCUGAGGGCCAUGACCUACGCAGCACUGCUGGACCUGCAGGACAGGGCUGCAGGGCUCAGCCGGGGCGUGGGGCUCUCCAUCCACACACAGCUGAGGGCCAUGACCUACGCAGCACUGCUGGACCUGCAGGACAGGGCUGUGCCGUCGGUGGAGAAGGUUUUGAAGGCGCUGGCUGGUCUGCCCCGAAGUGACUUUGCAGAGAUGAUUCGCCAGGGCAACGGCACCUUCAACUCCAUCCCGGAGCUGGCUGUGGAGAGGAUGGCACAGGUCAUCCAGGAUCUGCGGGAGGAGAUGGCCCGUGUUACAGAGAAGGUGCAGUCCAUCGCCGAUGGCUUCCCCCUCCCUGACUACACCGGGCCCAUCAGCGAUGUCCUGGUGAAGGCAGAGGACAGGAGCCAGCCCUACCUCCGGGAGGUGGAGCGCUUUGAGCAGUACAGGUGGAUCGCGGGCACGGUGCUGUGCUCCAUCAUCCUCCUCAUCCUCGCCUGCAACGUGACAGGGAUGGCCCUGGGGACCUACGGGCUCUCCAAGCGGGAGGACCCGGGUGACUAUGAGUGCCGAGGAGAAGCUGGCGCCAAGUUCCUCCUGGUCGGCGUGGGCCUGGCUUUCCUGUUCUCCUGGCUCCUCAUCCUCCUGGUUUUCGCCACCUUCCUGGUUGGGGGCAACAUCCAGACUCUGGUUUGCAGGAAUUGGGUCAACCAGGAGAUUUUUAAGUUCAUCGACACCCCCGGGAACCUGCCUCCAUCCAUGAACCUCACCCGCCAGCUCAACAUCAGGAGGGACUCCAACCUCAGCACCACGUACCGGGAGUGCAAGAGCGGCGCGGGGCUGUGGGAGGUGCUGCAACUUGACAGGUCCUACGACCUGGAUGAGCAUCUAAAAUCCCCCAAGUACACGGCUGAUUUCCAGAAGCUCCUGGGCGACUUCACCACGCGCUUGGGCGACGUGCGGCUGCUCCGCAGCGAGGGCCGCCAGGACCUGGAGACCUUUGCCCGCAGCGGCGUGGACGAGGUGGACUAUGGGCGCUUCCAGGAGGAGAUGAAAAACCCAGUGGUGCAGACCAGCCUGCCCGGCUUGGCGAGGAGCCUCGAGGGGCUGCAGAAAAUGCAGAGGAACGGCACGGUGGCAGGGCGGCUGGCCGCCGAGGCCCGGGCCCUCUGGCAGAUGCAAAACUCCACAGUGCAAUCACAGGAGGCUUUGGUGGCAAAGCUGGGGGAAAGCGUCCAGUUCCUCUCCCGCUUGGCGCCGCGUCUCCAGGAGCGGGUGAAGACGACACUGGCCACCACGGCCUCGGUGGAAGCCCGGCUGCCUGUGCAAGCCCAGCAGAUCCUCAGGCAGGAGAUCGGCUGCUUCACGCGGCGGGAGCUGCGCUACUUCUCUCAGUACCUCAGCUGGGUGGGACAGACGCUGAGGGAGGACGUGGCUUCGUGCCAGCCGCUCGCCACGGCGCUGGACAACGGGGGGGUGAUCUUGUGCGACCGCAUCGCUGAGCCCUGGAACGCUUUCUGGUUCAGCCUGGGGUGCUGCACCUUCUUCCUCAUCCCCAACAUCAUCUUCGCCAUCAGGCUCACCAAACACUUCCGCCCCAUCCGGAACCGGCUCAUCUCCACAGGGUCAGAGGAGACGUGUCCCUUCCACAUCCCCCGUGUCACGGCGCUCAAGCUCUAG